AUGAACACAGCACGAAAAUAUGUACAAAGUACGUCGCAGUUUGUUUGUGAUUCAAAAGCACUCGUAGGUCAGCGACUAGGUGAUACAUUGGCUCCGUCACAGAGCAAGCUCAAACGACAUGCAAACAAAAACUACAAGGAUUUUCUGCAAUACUGGCAACCAGACCAUGAUUGGGACACGUAUGAGAAUCAGAUGAAUAUUCCGCAUGAAACCACAAUACAGAUAUUACCGCAGGAUAUAUUCAAAUAUGGUAGAGAGAAUCCUGGCCCUGAUGAUCACCCUACUCUACGUAGGGAGUCAGGACUAGGCUUUCUAAAGAAGUCUAUCUCAUACUAUAUGCCGCUCAUCGCUAAUGAUUGGGAUCCAGUUGAUAUGAAGGGGAAUCCUACGAGAUCAAAGGAUGUGAAUGACUUAUUGAAAACAAUUAAGAGGGCAGAGCUUAGGGGUGAGGGCAAGGCUGACGCUGCUAAACGUCUUAUAGAGUACGAUGAAUUUCGUCAAAUUCUUGCUAUCAAUUUAGAGAAUAAGAAUUUUCAUAAUAGUGUGGAUGAUGUGACAAAUAUAAAAUUUGAGGAUUUGAUGCCCAAUGACGACAAUCCGGAGCAGCUUUUUGUGACUCUAGUUCACAGUAAGAAUCUCAGAGAGAAGGGUCAGGUAGCCACACAAGUCAAACUUGGCUCUAUGAAUUCUUACUUUUGCGCUCUUAGUGCACUGGCCGCUCACCUUGUAGAACGCAUGCUAGAGAGAACUAACACGCAUCAGUUGGAUUUGGGAAAUAUGUGGACUUUGAAUGGUACUGUGGGUUGGGAUGACAUGUUAAACCCGGAUGUGGCUAUGAGAGUGAUUGCUAAAAUUGUACGGCUAGAUAAUUUUGUGGCCAAGGGCAAAGUCGAUGAAAUUGGCACGCAUAGUCUCAGAAGGUGCUCGUGCAUAUAUGCUCAGAGACGUGGACGCUCAAAAGAUGAUGCAGAAGGUAGAGGUAGAUGGUCCAGAACCAGAACAAAGGGUCAGAGAAAGAAGAAGUCAAAUCGUCCGGUCGAUAGAUACUCCAGCCCUUUGAUACCGUAUCCUGAUGCUAAAGUAUCUGAGGCCUUAUGUGGACCCCGAGGUGCUUGCAACUAUAGGAUCAACUCAAGUAAGCUUUAG